AUGGUGAACGGGCAAAAGGCAACUACAGCAUUGACACGGGAUCUCUCAGCUUAUGUUGAACAAGAGGACGCUUUGAUUGGAAGCAUUACAGUGCGCGAGACAAUGAUUUUCGCAGCUCGGCUCGCCUUGCCAAGCAAUGUUACAAGAAUAGAAGCUUUUAGACGAGUGGACGAUUUAAUCGCAAGCUUUGGCUUGCAGUCACAGGCACACACCAUUGUCGGCACCCCUAUCAAGAAGGGAUUGAGUGGUGGCCAGAAGAAGAGACUUGGAGUUGCAAGCCGGCUUGUUACCAAUCCUCGGAUACUCUUCCUAGACGAACCAACCAGCGGACUUGAUUCGGCGUUAAGUGCCGAAGUCAUCAAGUACAUCAAGGAGAUAGGAAAGAGAAACAACCUCAUCAUGAUAUCCUCCAUUCACCAGCCUUCCACAGCAACCUACCAACUAUUUGACAAACUGGCCUUGCUCUCGCUAGGCAAAACAUGCUAUUUUGGGCCAGUCAAGAACGCGCCGGGAUAUUUCAACCAGAUUGGGUAUUCGCUGCCUCCGGAGACAAAUCCAGCAGAGUUCUUCCUUGAUCUAAUCAAUAUCGACCUGGACAAGGACGGAGACGUCAAGGCUAGAACACAACACAUCCUUGACACAUGGGCCACAUCGCAACAGCGCAAAACGCUCGACGAAGACAUCGAGAAAUUAACAUCAACUCCCUCUAAAAUCGAUUUGACGAAGCUCAAGCUACCGAAGCCUAGUCAUUGGGUUGUGCCUCUGACUCUUCUUCAUCGAUCUUGGAUCAAGUCAUAUCGGGAUAUGGUGGCUUAUGAGAUACGGGUCAUCAUGUACCUUGGCUUGGCGAUCUUGAUGGGAACUGUGUUUCUCCGGCUGAAGACAUCUCAAGAGUAUAUUCAACCCUUCAUAAAUGCGAUAUUCUUCGGAGGUGCUUUCAUGUCGUUCAUGGCUGUCGCCUAUGUUCCGGCCUUUCUUGAAGAUCUACACACCUUCCAAAGGGAGCGUGCCGACGGAUUGGUGGGGCCUUUAUCAUUCAUGAUCUCAAAUUUCGUGAUCGGGCUACCGUUCCUAUUUAUCAUCACGGCUAUCUUUUCGGUAGUUGAAUACUGGCUUUCAAACUUCCGUCCCGACGGCUCAGCGUUCAUGAAGUGGGUUUUAUGGCUCUUCCUCGACCUGCUAGCUGCCGAAUCCCUAGUUGUGCUUGUUUCCUCCAUAGUGCCCAUAUUCGUCGUGGCGCUUGCUGUAACAGCAUUUGCCAAUGGCCUGUGGAUGGCGGUGGACGGCUUCCUUGUUCCUAUGAAUAUCCUGAAUUCUUUCUGGAAGUAUGUCUUCCAUUAUAUCGACUAUCAAGCGUAA